GGCGCGCAGUAUGGUGCCCGGGGCCCCAGGGAGGGAGUGGGUGGCGCCGGCGGCGCUGGAGGGCCCGCCUGGGUCUCCUUCCACGUGGCAGCUGUUCCCUUGGACUGAGAGACUUCAGGGACUUGGGUCGCCUGGCUCGUGGCCAGCAUGGCCCCCACGCUGCAGGAGGCAUACCAGAGACGCUGGUGGAUGGCGUGCACCGCAGUGCUGGAGAACCUCUUCUUUUCUGCGGUGCUCCUGGGCUGGAGCUCCCUCCUGAUCAUGCUGAAGAAGGAGGGCUUCUAUUCCAGCUUGUGCUCAGCUGAGAACACCACCAACACCACCCAGGAUGAGCAGCACCAGUGGCUGAGCUGUAACCAGCAGGAAGAGAUGCUCAACCUGGGCUUCACCAUCGGCUCCUUUGUGCUCAGUGCCACCACUCUGCCACUGGGGAUCCUCAUGGACCGCUUUGGUCCCCGGCCCACCAGGCUGAUUGGCAGUGCCUGCUUCGCUGCAUCCUGCACCCUUAUGGCCCUGGCCUCUCGGGACACCGAAGUUCUGUCUCCGCUGAUAUUCCUGGCGCUGUCCCUGAAUGGUUUUGGUGGCAUCUGCCUGACAUUCUCCUCACUCACACUGCCCAACAUGUUUGGGAACCUGCGCUCCACAUUCAUGGCCCUCAUGUUUGGCUCCUACGCCUCUUCGGCCAUCACGUACCCGGUAAUCAAGCUGAUCUAUGAUGCUGGCGUGUCCUUCAUGGUCAUCAUGUUCACCUGGUCGGGCCUGGCCUGCCUCAUCUUUCUGAACUGUGCCCUCAACUGGCCAGGGGAGGCCUUUCCCUCACCGGAGGAAGUCAACUACAAGGAGAAGAUCAAGCUCAAAGAGCUGGCCCUGGAUCACAAGGUGACAGGUGACCGCUUCUACACUUAUCUGACCGCCGUGGGCCAGUGGCUGAGCCAGAAGGCCUCCAGCCUGGAGGAGGGGGUGGACACCUUCAUCUCAUCCCAGGAUGUUCGUGGCACCUCAGUCAAGUCAGCUGAGAGGGCGCCCCCUGCUGUCUCCGCAGAGUCUGUCCCCUUGCGCAAGAGCCUCUGCUCCCCCAUUUUCCUGUGGAGCCUCCUCACCAUGGGCAUGACCCAGCUGCGGAUCAUAUUCUACAUGGCCGCCAUGAACAAGAUGCUGGAGUACCUGGUGACCCGCGGCCAGGAGCAUGAGACGGACAGCCUGAAACAAAGGGAGACAGAGACAGUGGAGUUCUACUCCUACGUCUUCGGGGCCAUGCAGCUCUUGUGCCUUCUCACCUGCCCUCUCAUCGGCUAUGUCAUGGACUGGCGGAUCAAGGACUGCGUGGACGCGCCCACUGAGGCCUCUGCCAGGGAUGGGGCUGCCACCAAGUCCGCCAAGCCACGCUACCGCAAGAUCCAAAAGCUCACCAACACCAUCAACGCCUUCACCCUGACCAACUUCCUGCUGGUGGGUUUCGGCAUCACGUGUCUCAUCGACAGCUUACACCUCCAGUUUUUGACCUUUGUCCUGCACACCGUGGUUCGGGGCUUCUACCACUCAGCCUGUGGAGGCCUCUACGCCGCCGUGUACCCGUCCAACCACUUUGGGACACUGACAGGCCUGCAGUCCCUCAUCAGUGCUGUGUUUGCCCUGCUCCAGCAGCCGCUCUUCAUGGUCAUGGUGGGACCCUUGGAAGGAGAGCCCUUCUGGGUGAAUCUGGGCCUCCUGCUCUUCUCACUUCUGGGGUUCCUGCUACCUUGCUACCUCUUCUACUACCGUGCCCGGCUCCAGAGGGAGUACGUCACCCCCUGGGAGGUCCCCCUGAAGGUGCUUGGCAGCCCCGAGGUGACUGUGUAGACCUCUGAGCCAAGGGACCUGGAUGACAGGCAGCCAAAGGCCUGAGCAACCAAAGGGAAUGCCUCAUGGCUUUUCUACCUGUAACCUCCACACAGAGCCAGGGGCCAUGGAUUUAUAAAUACCAAAAGCAGUUCUAUUUUUGUAGGGACUUGCUAAAAGGAAACAAAAAAAUCCCCCAAAGCAAUGCUCCAUUGACUGAAGACAUCCCCUGUGCAGGGAUUGAGCCUUCUUGAUCCUGGGAUUCGAAGAGACCAGGGUGUGGCCCUGCCCUUUCUCUGGACCUUGUCCUAGGAGCCCACCUCCUGGUGCCUCCUGGGGGCUUAUGGAAUAAGCGAACAGGUGACCCUUGAGGUCUCAGCUGUGCAAUGCCCAGAGCGUGCAUGCAUGUGAGCAUUUGUAAAGAAAUAACCUUCCCCUCAGAGGGAAGGGACCUGAAGUGUUGGCUGUGUCCUGGACGGGGUGUGGGGGUUAAGCCCCUUCGUGAGGCUGGAGGGUGGUGGGUUCCCUCCCUGGUGCUGAUACUUGUAGAUCUUAGAGGAAAUAAAAAGGGAAGUGAGAGA